AUGUGCUGGCAGAAGGCAGUUGCUGUUGAACAGCAUCGAGACGUGGAUCAUGGUAUUCGGCAAGAUACCAAAGAAGCCCCCAAUCUUCUGCCUCGGCGGGCUUCCGUCAAGUACACGGCGACGCACACAUACGUCGGCCAGCACAUCAAGUCCAGUAUCGGCACUAGCUUCGCGCCACACUACUCCGACAUUGCGGCGAAGGCGCGCGGCGCCUCGCUCGCGAUUCUCGCUGGCCACUCCGCCUUCGGCGACCUCCCACCCGAGACCCUCCAGCUCCUGUACCUGGGACGAAUAGAUCCGCACCUAUGCAGCAGCGCGGACAUUAUGGUCGACGUCGAUAAGAAUUUAGAGAAGAUCAUGCGCGUGCAGCACGAGUUCCUGAGCCGCCCGAUGGAUAUCUUUAAUAACUGGUCCCCACACACGUCGCUAUUCACGGAACUGAAUGUCUGGCCCAUCCGGUAUAGGCGCCUGACGCUCGCCCUUCGCUACCUCAGGUACCUGCUUCACCAGGACGGCAGUCGUCUUGUGCGCGCGGCCUUCGAGGAGCAGGACGCCAUGUAA